AUGGUCAACCACGGGCGCUCUGGAGGUUGCGUGACAUGCAAGCAACGCCGCGUGAAAUGUGACGAGGCGAAGCCCGAGUGCCGAGCGUGCCAGCGUCUGAAGCUGCGCUGUGGAGGCUACAACCGGUCCAAGGAUGCCAAAUUGAAGUUCAAAGACCAGAACCGCCGGUUCUACACCAACCUCAACCAAGAUGUCAAUUCUCACAGCCGUGAUGUCGCGAAGGUGGCGACUAGUCCGGGUCGGUGGUCUGAGUCUGAUGUCCAGGACCGGGGGUUCGUGAGGGCCUUGACCUUGCGGCGGCCCUCUGAGCCCGACACCGCCGUGCAGUUCUAUCUCGGCCAUUACGCCAGCAUGGGCCGCGAUAUGGGAUCCACGCGCGGGUUCUUCGAACUGCUUAUACCAGCCUAUUUCUCGGAGCGGGAAGAAUCGGCGCUUUCGAUCGCUGUGUCGGCGCUGGCUUCGGAGGUCUUGUCCAUGUGGCGGCAAGACGCCAGCAGCUUCCGAUCACCACGAAAGUCUUAUUUCCGGGCCAUCAGACGCCUUCGGACUGCAAUACAGGAUCCCAUCCAACGUGGCAAGCCGGCAACUGUGUUGGCGGUGCUGACGCUCCAGACUUACGAGAAUGCCGCUGCGAUAUAUGAUCUUCGCCGGGUCUCAAGCACGCACCACAAUGGCGCAGCAUCUUUGCUCUCGGUUAUGGGCCCAAACAACAUGGACAGCAUGGUGCGCGCCUACUUACGAAAGUUUAUGCUACACACCGAAGUUUCGACCGCCAUCCGUCAGAAAAAGCCAGUGAGGAGUAUCCCAUACUCAUGCAUUAGGAGCAAGGAUAUGAUGGCCGUGCCAGAAAACCCCAGUUCAGCACUCGAUGCCAUAGGGGCAUCCGUUGCCGAAUUACAGGCCAGCUACACGCAGUUUGUGACACACGGUUGCUUCAAAACGUCGUUGACGUGCGUUUUGGAGGAGUGGAUAGCCGAUGCAAAGAGAGUUGAUGCAGAGCUUCUGGCGUGGGCGGAAAACGUACCGAAUUACUGGAGACCGGUCAGGCUGAUAAGUGGUCAGGAUAUUGAUUCGUCCAUUCCCACCUACCAGUCUAGCUGUGACGUGUAUCCUUCCUGCCAAAUUGCCAGCAUUUGGAAUCUCUGCCGCUUCCAACGCCUCUUGCUGGCCAAGAUCACACUCGGCUCCCUCAAUGUAUUCUCCGAUCUGGGUCGCUUUGGUUUCGCACACGGCCAGUCUUUUGGUGACCCCACAGAUUUCGUCAACUGCGAACAAAGACUCCAAGAAGUGGUCGACAGCGUGUGCUACAGCAUACCCUUCUACCUUGGCAACCGAACCCGCCGGUCCAGUCUCGCAGACUUUACUGACCCGAUGGUUCUGCUUCCCAGCCAUCACUCAUUAGAAGAUCGGACACGACUGGACAGGGAUCGUCUCGCGGCGGGUAUCUCGAGAGACGACCACAGGCGCCAUGUCAUUGCGCAGGGGCCGUGGCGCGCCAUGCAUCCGCUGAGCCGUUUGUCGACGCUCUUCUCGGAAGAUCACGGCGAGAUGAUAGCGAGACUUCUGAGACCUGGACAGCGGGAGUGGAUCUGCAACCAGUUCCUGCGUGUCGCCACGUUGCUGCAUCUUCCCUCGGAGUUAGGCAAUGGCAUGGAGAGAUCCGAAUCUGUGGGAGUGCCUGCAGAUGCUCAGGCGGAGUAUCUGGCCAGGAAGAUUAGGAAGGGUGCAAUUCUUAUGACGGGGCCGUAA